GCAGAAACCUUAAUGAAUGACAAGAGCAGAGGACCACGACAUAAUAGUUUAACCAUUCAAAGUCACGAUUAUAUUACACUCAAUUUGUCUAAAUAUUGUAAUUUGUCAUUGUGGGUGAAAGAAAUGGAUCCUAAUCGGCAUUUAGAAGUUCAAUCGUUUUAUGUUGCUGCCAAAGAACCAAUUUAUAAAAAAGAGACUAAAGAAUACCUUCAGCAGAUGAGACUUCUUUUAUCUAAAAGAGAGUUGGCUGAGGAAGCUAACUACGAAUUUAGAGAUAGUGGUAGUGGGAAAAUUCCACUUGAAGAGUCCUUCAAUCAUUGUCUUCGGACUAUUGUUCCAUUGAUUGUUAACGAACAAAAGUUUAUGGCUGAUUUUUUUCAUCUUGCCAAAAAAGAUUCAAAGUCAUCAUUUUACGAGUCAGAAGUGUUCCUUAAGGAUUUAGAUGAUAAUGAAAAACAUUCAAUGAAUGGAGCGGAUCAACUAGAAAUACGCCAAAUUGUGAAUAGUGGUUAUGAAAAGAUUGUUAAAACGAUGUUUGAUUGUUUAGAAGCGAUUUCAAAAGACGAAGAGUCUCCCGUUGAUGAUAGGGAACAGUUAAAUGCACAUAUAAUGACUUUAGGUAAUAUUUCAUAUAUUUUACGUUUUGAAGUAAUCUUAAGAAACUAA